GUGCACACUUGACCUUGGUCUUCGAUCAUAUUUAGAAGUGUUCUGAUGGGUACCUACAGUUAUUCCGCUUUUUGUGGUGUGCUCCUGUUGAGCCUGUCAUAUUCUGCCGCCAUCAGAUGUCUGAGUUGUACAGACGUACUACAACCUCGCUACUGUUCUGGUAUUGAACACUGUUCUGAGGGAGACGCAUGUGUAACUGAAUCCUACAGAAACAGGAAUGGCGAGAUAUUGUACAACCUCGGAUGCAUGUUUACACAGAGGUGUGCAUUGAAUGCCCUACAUAACCGCUCUACUGAAAUACUUCACCAAGACAUCAUCGGGACGCACGUGCAUGAUGUAUGCACAGAGUGUUGUCAUGGUGACUUGUGUAACGCUGCAGGGUGUGGUUCGACAGGGUUUCCACAGCAAAGAGGGCCGAUAUGCUUCGACUGUCCACAAUCACGUGACCCUGCUAAUUGUGACGUCAUAUCAGUUUGCCUUCAAGGAGAGGUUUGUCAUGUUGAGGAGGUACUUAUGUUCGAUGAUGUUUUUUACAAAACCAGCUGUGUUCGGAAAAACGAUUACGAAUGUACGCCCCCUUCUGUUUACAACCAAGUGGCGAUCGGCAGGCGGGCAAAUCGGCGUGGAAACUGUUUCUACUGCUGCACAGAUGAUCUCUGUAAUACCAAAUGCUACCGACCAAUAUCAUCUUCACUAACAACGAUACCAUCGACAUCGCAGGUCACACCAUACACCACUACUACGUCCACGACCACAAUGGUUACACAACCUACAUGUAAAGAUGGCUGGAUCACUUCUCCAGAAAAGUGUUACUAUGUCUCCGCUACGUUUGAGAAAACAGACUGGGAGACAGCCAAACAUCGAUGCAUUUCCAUGGGAGCAAAACUCGUUGAAAUCAAAACGGACGAGGAAGGUCAAUUCCUACUGCAUUCCAUGCCGCCUCGUAUUGGAAACGCAAGCGGUGAUGCUGAUGCAUUGUCUGUUGGACGUAGAUGGAAUGACGCAGGUGAUUUGGUUUUUGACAGUAAUGACGAUAGAGUCAAUACGACGGUUCGAUCCUGGGCUGUCCUUCCUAAUAAAGGAAAAUUCAAGUGCGGAUGUAUUCGAAAAUAUAACAACUUCCUAAUGAUAGGGUGUGUAUGUACUAGCGGCACCUUUUUCUAUAUCUGUGAGAUUUCGCGGUAAUCAACUUCUUCGAUGGCUUGAUGAUAUUACAUGUAACACACUGUACAUUAAAGUGAAUGUCUUCUCGCA